AUGAAGAACCCUAGUACAAAGACUACAUUUUUGGAUAUAACUUUAGACACAGAAGCUAUAAUGGCUUCAAUACCUCCUGAUAAAAAGAUAAACUUGGUCCCUUGUAUAGACAUGCUAAAUAAUCUCACAAGGGUGCCUGUUUGUUCAAAGACUUAUAAAAUAGUGGCCAGCUAUCAUCAACAAUUGGCUAAGAAUGCACCUUCUGCAAGACAUAGAAUAAAGACACCCUAA